GUCAGCUAAUAAGCCAACUUUGCCCAACCAUUUUUCAUUAUGCUACCCUUUUCUUUCUUUUCGAACAGUCCCAUUAUGCUAACCCUAACCAUUCCUUUUGCUUUCCUUUCCUUUCCUAUUCUUCCCUUCCCUUCCCUUCCCUUCCCUUUCAUCUGUCAGUGAUCACCUCCAUCAUCUCUUUGAUCCGAGACACUGAUAUCCAAACCCCACCUCGUCCGCCAUUCCUUAUCCAAAAACAAGUCUUAUCCACCCGUCCACGUGUAUGCGUGCUGUACUUAUCCAUUUAGUCCAGUCACGCCAGUGGGUUUAGCCGUUGAUCUUGCACUAGCAGACACGACUCGUCUGUACGUAUUGUCGAGUACGUACAUUGAUUUAUAUUGGAUUAUUGGUACCGUCCAUAUCUUGAGGAAUAAAGUUUUUGAUAUUUUGUUUAUUGGUUCUGCAUUAUCACGCUGUUUAAGUUUGAUCCGUCAAAAGAUAAAGAGCCGCGGGGGAUUCCUAGACUGUGAUCUUAUGAUCCAAAGAGCGCUGUGGAAUUUGUCUGUCGAAUCUAGAGAGAUUCUAGAGAUACUCAUACGUCAAAACCAUACGUCAAGACUUGAGUCCAUAAAAUCGCCUCAUCUAACUAGAGUAUCUAAUACAUUAGACUAUUCGCACGUCGUACAACUCUAUCCUCGAACAAGACUCGGACCCCUCUAUUGACGAAGUCAUACUGCCAAACACGAAACAUUCGAACGGCCUCAUCAAUAGCCUAUUCUCACCUCGAUAUCGUUACAGCCUACUGCGAUUUCUUUAAUUCUGUCACGAAGAUACGACGAACGAGAUCACGAAAGGGAUUGUAUACUAAUAUCUUAUUGGUUUUUGUUUGUAACUGUACGACAUACCAAAGAUGGCUUUUAGACAAUCUGCACAUCAUGCCCCUCCUCGAACAUUUACACAACCUAAUCAAGAUACGAACUCGCAGACGCACAGUCAACAAAAUGUACAAGAGAGUGAUGGGCGUGUAGAAGCGAGUCAAGAAUGGGUAUUAUUUUCGCCAGCUGCGCCAAGUUUUACAGAGGGUACUUACACAGCUAGUACAGGGAGGACGAGGGGAACGCGCACAGCUGGCCAUUCAAGGAUCAGUGAUUUUGGAAGUUUAGAAACUGCGGCAAGGAGUUAUGGAAUUUAUGAUGAUCAUGAUGUAGAUGAAGAUGUGGAUGCGCAAACAGAGGAUGAUAAUGAGGAUGCCGAACUGGAUUCCUUGGAUAGUCAUUUACAUGAGUUUCGAACGGACCCAAGUGUUUAUGGGAAUAGGGAAGACGAGGAGGGACCUGUGUUACCGAAGCACGAUGGACUUGGGAGUUUCAGGGUAGAUGGAAUUGGCGAGGAUGUUCAACAACAUUUAUAUGCAUUUGAGCAGUACAAUCCGAGGAAAGUAAAGAGGAGGAGAGAAAGUUUAGAAAUCGGAGAAAUGGCUUUGGACAGUGAGAAAGCGGCGGAAAUGGAAAGGACGAGGAGGAUUGAAAUCUGGAGAUUGGAACAAAGUCGGGCUUUGGUAGAUGAGAUACAACGGGAGACUAGAAGGAGGAAACAAUCUAUGUCGAGCGAAAAGAGGAGUACUGUUGUUGAGGAUAAGGAACACGAGGAUUUGUUUACAUUGAAUAAUGUCGAAGCGGAACCUGCCCCAACGAUUACACGCGAAAACGAUAGUUUAUGGAAUAGACUCACCCGAAGAGUUAUACGAGAUCUAAUGGGUAUCGAUGAUGAUCUCCUGUCAAUCAUCUUUGGUGAAUCUCUACCGAUAGAAGAUGAACUUUCAAAAGCAUCAGGAAGAGCCAUUCCUAUUCCUGCCACGACCACACAGCCCGAUAAGAGUUCAUGGGAAUAUAGACUUCUUGAACGUAUAGCUCGCGAAUUGGGGUUGUUGGUUAAUCAACUCUCAGAUCAUCCUGGCACCUUUACAACAUAUCUUCAAUCUCAGCAGACACCCCUUCCUUAUGCAGGUUUACCCGUCAUUCCAGAAUCAGCAUCAAGUGGCAAUGCAAAUAUGACCACGAGUGUUCCUCUACCUGAUCUCGAAGAAGAACAAUUACAAGAAGAACCUCUUGCCUCAACUCUAAAUACCGAUGACGACCUAGAAUUCCAUCCUACAAUCCCUCGACCAAUAUCAAUCCCAAGCCAAAUUAUAGCAGAAGAAUUGGAGGAUUCAACACCGAGACAAUCAUAUAGUGCUCCUAUCACAAGAGAAGAAUGGGAGAGAGAUUUGGAUAUUAAAAUGGUCUUCCGUUACUUGAAAAGUAGAUUUACGAGUCGAAGUGAGAAUGUACCGGCUCCAACUGCUUCGAGUUCUGGUUCAGUAUUAUCGAAAAGUACAAGAGAAAACUUGGCUGUAGAGAAUACACCAGAUUCAUUGGCGAGAGUGGCGAGAGUGAGGGCUCAUCAUCCGCUGGUUAACCUUAAGGCAAAUAAUGGAGGGGUGAGAAAGAGAGGGACUGUGGGAAGAAGAGGAUCAAGUGAGAGUGGAGUAGGGUUAGGGUUAGGUGGAUUGGGGAAAGGAAUGGGAUUGGGAAGUGGCGGAGUACCAAUUGGUGGAACACUUAAGAGUUUAAGAAUUGGAAGUGGGAGUUCGAGACAUUAUUGGGAUAUCGGAGGGAGUUUGGGAGGAAGUAGUACGAGGGGAAGUGUAGUCGUAGGGGGAGGAGGGGGUGCGGGAAUGGGUGCCUGGGGGGAGGUUUGAUGGGAAGAUAAGAUGGGAUAAAGUCAGAAUUUGAUUUGAUAAGUGGGAUGAUGGUGAUGAGUUAAAUGAUAUGGACGGAGUUUUGUACACGAAGAUAUGAACGAACAAGCAAGCAAGGAUAAACGGAGCAUUUUUUGGGGGGGUUGGAUUAAUGAAUAUAUCACAUCAUAUCACAUAAAUAUACAUAGCGGGAAUAUUGGGUAUCUACUUUUGAAAUUUUGGAGGGGAGCAUUUAAUAGGGGGUUCUUGUUGGGAAAUUCGAAGGGAUUUGGGAUUGGGUUUAGAUAUUUAUUAUCAUCUUAUCUCUGCAUAUAAAUACGAAUAUGAAUAUCUGUAUUA